AUGGAUAAAUUUAAUAGUUUAUAUCAACAAUCUAAAGAAACAGAGUCAACAUGGAUCAAUAGUUUAAAGAGUUUUAAUGAUAUUCAUGCUGAUGAUAGAGCAUUCGAAAAGAUCUAUGGCAAUGAUAACAAAUUUAAAUUUGAUAGUAAUUUAUUUGAUAUACUAAAGAGAGAAUUGGAUGGUCAAGUACAAAUAUCAGAUAAACCAUCAUCAGCUGCGAUCUAUCAAACUCUUGUAGCUCUUAGAAUAUCUUUACGUGAACAAAUUCCUCAAGAAGAAUCACUUUUAAUUCAAAAUAUAGGAAACUUUUUUAAACUUGGUAAUAUUGGAGAGAAUGAAAAGACAAAUAUUUAUUCAGAUGAGAUUAGAGAGGAAGCUUUAAAAUCUUUACUCAAUUGUACAACUAGAAACAAACGACUACAAGCCACCUUUGACACUGAAAUGAAUGGACCACACCUUUUGACCAAAGAAUUGAUCAAUGGUUUGGAUGACAAGGUUGCACUUCCAAUCUAUAAGAUUCUCAUUCAUCGUUGUACACUACCAGAGACACGUGCAAUUGUUUGUCAAGCUGGUAUUAUGGAUCACCUUAUCAACCAACUAGAAGUUCGUACCACAGGUGCCAACUUUGACCCAUCUACCAUUUUGGGUGAUUUAUUCCGUCUCACCUUUACCGCUACCAUGCAUCUCGGUCAAUUGGACAAGUCUGGUGGCAAAACAACCGAUCCCUCUGACAAGGAGAUUGAACAAUGUCGUAAAUUCUUCCCAAUCUACAAGCGCAUAUUUACCUAUCAUUGUGAUCGUGACCAUCCAAUGUAUGCAAUUAAAAUGGCCGUCAUCUCUGCUCUUCUCAAUACUCCAAAACAAUUAUUGGAAGAAUUAUUAGAUGAAGUUGAUCUAUCUUAUUUAGAAGAUAUAUUAAAAUCUCAAUCUUAUUUUGCUGACAAACCAGAAGGACCAGGAGAAUUAAUUCCAAUUUUAAUGUUAUUAACAAAUAUUACACAAUAUAUUAAAGCAACUCGUGAUAGAUUAUUUGUUUAUACUUUUCCAGAGGAAUUAACAAAGGUCACAGAUGAAGCUGUUGGUAUUACAAUAGAGACACCAAAGGCUGCACUUCAACAUGAUACAGUUAGUUCAAAAUUAAUUCCAUUAAUGACAGCAUCGGAUAUUGGAUUAAAACAUUUUGUAUCUGAAUUUUUCUAUUAUAUUUGUGAUGAAGAUCCAAAUGAAAUUUGUAGAGUAACUGGUUAUGGUAAUGCUGCUGGUUUAUUAGCAAUGAAAGGUUUAUUAAGUUUAGGUGGUCAAUAA